GCAUUCAGCAGCUAGUACAGUUUCUGCAGCCAUUUUUCCCCUCUGAAUCAGAGAGGACCUUUCACAAUCCAUUGCAUCCUGCUGCAUCCAAAGCAACAUUAGCUGCGAGACCCCGUGCAGUUUAAUCUAGAGACUUUGCUAAUCAUUUAUAUGCCUGCAUUUGUUGACUUUGUCUUUUAUUUUGUGUCCAAAUCCCGGUUUGAAGUUAACCAUUUUUUUUGCCCCUCUCUCUCUCUCUCGUUGCAAACAAAAGGGGGAGAGUGGGGGGAAGAUUGCAGCCUUGCAAAAAAAUGCCAAAAGGAGUUUCCCCAGCCCCGGGCAGGGGGAUUAUUGGGGUGGUGACUGGUUCCCAGAAAAAACUUAGCAAUGUGGAAAAUGGAAGUACGGGGCUAUGUAGCCCCCAAAUCCCUACCAUCCCUGCCAGUUAUUUCACCCAAAUUGCAGGAGCAGUGUACUCUGAUCACAGUGAUUGUUUGUAUGCAACCCCUCAAGGACCUGAAGUUAGAACAAUAAGGACCAGCACAGGGCGCCUGCCGGCAAAACGCAAACUGGACCUGGAAGGCAGCGGUCAUCAGUAUUUACCGGAAUUUCGAACUCCGAAAGGCAAAGGCAAAAUGCCGGCCAGGAUACCCAGUCCGAAAACUCCCAAGUCUCCUGGGGAGAAGACUCGAUAUGACACCUCGCUUGGACUUCUGACCAAGAAGUUUGUCCAUCUCCUCAGCGAGUCUCCAGAUGGUGUCCUGGACCUUAACCGAGCAGCGGAGGUCCUCGAAGUCCAGAAGAGGCGAAUUUACGACAUCACCAACGUUCUGGAAGGAAUUCAACUCAUCCGUAAAAAAUCCAAAAACAACAUUCAGUGGAUGGGCCGCAGUCUGUUUGAAGACACAUCGGUGGUGGCGAAGCAGCAGUGCCUCAGGCAGGAUCUGACUGAUCUCAUGAGGAAGGAGCGCUCCCUUGACGACCUCAUCCAGAACUGCAGCACGCAGCUGAAAAUGCUGACGGAUGAUGAGGAAAAUCAGAGGCUAGCCUAUGUCACAUACCAAGAUAUUCGCUCAAUUGACAGCUUCCAGGACCAGACAGUGAUCGCAGUGAAAGCACCACCGGAGACCAGGCUAGAGGUGCCUGAUGUCUGUGAGCAGGAGAACCUGCAGAUUUACCUGAAGAGCACUAAUGGUCCAAUUGAGGUGUACCUUUGUCCAGAGGAAGCAAUGGAGGAAAACAGCCCAAUGAAGUACAACACACCUAAGAAGGAGGAGGGUGCUGUCUCUGCAAUUCUCCCAAAGGUUGAACCGGGGACACGUGCUCAAGUCCAGAGUGAAACAGAAUGUCCGAAAAUUGCCUGCAAAGUUGAAAUUAAGGAGGAAGUUCCAGAUGACCUGAAGCCAGUUUUGCCGAGCUCGCUGCUGGACUGUGAGGAUGGGGUGCUCGGCCUGUCACAUCACCUCCUCCAGCAGACAGAAGACCAACUCCCCUCCACGUCCUAUGGCGAUACCCCUUUUGUCAGCUUCUCACCACCCUUGGACCGGGAGGAUUACCUGUGGAGCCUAGAGGAUGGCGAAGGGGUCAGUGACCUCUUUGACUCCUAUGACCUUGAUGAGCUGCUGCGUAACUAGUCCAUUUGACCCUACGACAUCCCACCCCCACCCUCAGAUCCCCUGCUCCAUCAAAGGUUCCAUCUUCCUGAAGGUGAUGAAUGACUUUUAGAGAGAAGGCGUUCGCUCCAACGGUCUACCCAUGAAUGUUUCAAGGGGCAAUAGCGGACUUCUUGCUGAUGUCGUCAAGGCAUCUUAGGAAUUGCCAGGAGCGUGAUGAUCCCAGUGUCUGGAAGCACAGGGAUUGGCUGUGGGAACCGGGAGGAACGUGCAGAAGAUCUGCUCCAUGUGAUUUUUUAGUCUGUGCUGCCUUGAGUUUGGAAUGGGGCUGUGUCAAAGAGGGAGUCUCGCCACUCUGUCACUGUUGACAUGUUUGUUGCUGGUUUUAUCAAAUUUGACCGUAUUGAUGCUCAAUCAUUUCAGGCCCAGUUUACAAUUCAUGACAAACUUUGAGGUGAGCAAUGGGGCAGACAAUGCAAUAUGUUGGGCUGCCUUUCCCUAUCACCACUAGUUUUAAAAUAAGCCUUGCCCUCCAAUCUUCCUCACGUUGUUUUACAGAUUUUGGGUGGGUCACCUGUCUUUUAUUCCCAGCUUUCUUACUCCCCUGCCUUUGAGCUGUGUGAAUGUUACUCUGGCUCCAUUUGAAGACAGUGAAGUACAUCACUAACCAUAACCCCAUUGUAUUGCACUGUGCCCCUUCCAUAGUUUGUACCCCUCUUUGUCUUGUUUCCAAUUAGUUCACUCGCUUGCAGAGGGAUCAUGUGGAGGUAUUUGCUCCAUUAUCUCCUCUGGCCCCUGAGUUUCUGCCAUUGGACUUUUGCGUGACCGAGCAUGUUGGCUUUUGUUUACAAAGCUUGUAGUUUUUUGGGUCCCCAGAACAGGGUAAUCUGUAAAAUCGCCAGAGACUGAGCACAGGAUUUACUUCCCUGUUAUAUGCAAUUCCCAGGAAAUCAAAAUGAGUUGUUUUUUAUUUCACCAAGUCCUGUUUUCUGAUUUGGAAACUGUGGAAGAUGGGCUCAGCCGCCUCUUCCAGGCUGUGAGUGGGUAGAUGAAGGAUGCAGCCUGGGUUGAAUCAGUAAUUGGAAAGUGAAUUUGAGAUCACCAUCCAAUCAACCACGAUCUAAUUGAAUGGGAAAGCAGACGUGGCUCAAGGGGCCCAAUGGCCUGCUCCUUCAAAUUCUUGGUGUUCUUUACAAUUUCAUCCCCAGGUGGAAUUGGCUGCAUUUGCUGUAAAUGAACUCGUGCAGUGGAAGUUUCUAAAACUCUUCCUUUUUAAAAGAAUGCUCCAUCAUGUGACCUGAUUUCCAAUCAAAUUUCUCUCUGUGCAAAUCCCACAUUCUGCCCGUAAAUCGUUAAAUCUCCUCCAAAGUGCAUUAUGAGCCUCCGUGUCGUGAGGGCCAGACACUGGGGAGAAGUCGAGAGGAAAAGGUUGAAGAGGGAUGACUUGCGGAUGUCUGCAGGACCGUGGGCAGGUGACCAACAUUGCCCCUUAAGUUGUCCAGCCGUCAGGGGCGUGCUGACACACUGACCCCAAGCCAUUGAAUCAUACAGCACGGAAACAGGCCCUUUGGUCAGCAUGGACGGGUUAGGCCAGCUUUCCCAAACUGGCUUAGUCCCAUUUGGCCCAUAUCCCUCUAAACCUUUCCAUUCCACGUGCCUGUCUAAAUGUAUUUUAAAUAUUGUAAUUGUACCCACCUCCACCACUUCCUCUGGCAGCUUGUUCCAUAUAUGCACCACCCUGUCCGUGAGAAAGUUGUUCCUCAGGUCCCUUUCUAAAUCUUUUCCCCUCUCACCUUAAACCUAUGCCCUCUCAUUUUGGUCUUCCCCUCCCCUAUCAUUCACCAUAUGCAUGCCCCUUUAUGAUUUUAUAAAUCUCUGUAAGGUCACCACUCCGCUCCAGGGAAAAAGACAUGUUCUACACACAGCCCUCUAAGCUCUGAGAAACUUAGAAGGAAUGUUGCAGGGGAGGGUGACUAGG